UUGGAAGGCCUGAAGGGAUGGGGGAGAAGAAGGUGGAGCCCCAGGACUUCCUCAAGAACUUCCAAGAGUACCUGAGCCAGCAGACCCGCCAGGUGAACGCGUUGGCCUGGGACCUGGCCGGGCAGGCCCGAGGGGGUCCGGGACACCCCGGGGAUGCUCUGGACGGGAACCUGGUGCUGAUGCUGGACGACUUGGGAAGGACGCUGGACGGCAAGCUGCAGUGCCCGUACUGCGGCUACGCCAGCCAGAGGACAGAGCGGCUGGUGGAACAUACGAGAAUCCACACGGGCGAGAAGCCGCACAGGUGUCACCUGUGCCCCUUCGCCUCCGCCUACGAGCGCUACCUCGAAGCCCACUUGCGUUCGCACACCGGGGAGAAGCCCUACAAAUGUGAGUGGUGCGCCUACCGCUGCAACUACAGAAGCAACCUGUCCCACCAUCACAGGCGCAGGCAUAAUCUGUCACCGCUGACCGGGCCCAGGGCCUCCCUGGGCAGCGUGAGAAUGUGGGGGGGCCUGCAGAGGAAAAGCAACGCGCAGGAUGGCAAACGAGGGGCGCUCAUCUCCUUGGGUCCGCCCGUUCAGAAGCCAGACUGGCCGAGUGAGCUCACCCACAGGAUCCCAAACGUCCAGAGUGACUUCUACGACGGUAUGGAUAAAGCCUCAGCGUGUGGACCGCCGAGGGACCCCCAGGAACCCUUGCUCGUGGACAGCCCUUUGAACCAGCUGUCUCCUCUAGCGGGACACCUGUCCAGCUUGCCACCGGAAAACCAAAACCCUGCCUCAGCCGACCUAGACUCCAGCCUCGAAGAAAACCCUUACGUGAUCCAACAGCCCUCUGCCCAAGGGAGUGACCCUCAGAGCUCCCCCAUAGUGCUCGAGCCUCCUCCACCGCCAUUCAGUCGGAGGGACUGCAGUGCGUUUGCGGGGCCCAGCAGCCAGCCGAGUGGCCAGAGCAGCGCCUCCAUCCCUGGAAACAGCCAGCCGAGCACUCCGGCCUCAGCCUUGCCCGUGGGGGGCCCUCAGCUUCUCUACCACUGCCAGCACUGUGACACAUACUUUGCAGACAACGUCCUUUACACGAUUCACAUGGGAUGCCACGGGUAUGACAACCCCUUUCAGUGUAACACGUGUGGCUACGACUGUAAAAACAAGUAUAAUUUUGCCUGUCAUUUUGCAAGAGGCCAACAUAACUAG